AUGGAUCAACUUUGGAAGGGAUAUAAGAUUUUUUUCAAGAUGGAGACACUCUCAGCUACUACACAAGAUGAUAGUUCUGGGGCAAAUCCAAGUAGUGUCAAAAGUGAUGAUAGCAGCCCCCAGCAUGGGAGUGGUCGAGGCUCCCCACCACCGAAUUGCGCAAUAUGCUUAGGAACAUGCCGCAAUAAAUCAUUUACUGACUCCUGCCUACAUCAGUUCUGUUUUAAAUGUUUAUUAACCUGGAGCAAAGUUAAGGCAGAAUGCCCACUUUGCAAACAAAAUUUUCGGUCUAUAAUUCAUAAUGUACGAUCCAAUCAUCAAUAUGAAGAGUACAUGGUUGAACAAAGACAGAGUGACGAUCCUCCAGAUAGAAUAGACAUAGAUAACUUAACAAAUCCUCGUCGAUUUAGAUACAGGACGACGCUGACGCUGCCGCGCCGCGAGUCGCUGGCCAUCCAGCAGCUGCUGCUGCACCACUACCCGAUGAUGGCGGACGUGCUGCCCGCGUCGCGCCCCCUCGCGCGCCCCAUGCCGCGCCGCCGCUCGCCCACCUCCUUCCGGCGGACCGUGUACCGCCACAACCUGUGGGCGCGUCCGCUGCCCGACAUCACCGGCUGCUUCAGGGUGUGCUCGCCGGUGUUCUACAGGUGUAACGUCUCGCAAACGCACCGGCUCGUCCCGUGGCUGAAUAGGGAGCUGCACUACUUGCUGAACGAGAACGAGGGCCACAUAGGGUACGUCAUUACGAGGAUCAUGGAACUGCUGCCGCGGCACCACAUGAACUCGCCCGAGUUCGCAGAGGCGAUGCGGGGCUACUUCGGCGAGCGCACCGAGCACUUCCUCCACGAGCUAUACUGCUUCGCCUCGACGCCGUACGACAUGACCGGCUACGACCGCAACGUGCAGUACACCACGGACAGCCGCAUCUCGACGGUGGUCAGCCACGUGCUCUCCAGCUCGGACUCGGAGGCGAGCGCGGACUCGGACAUCGUGAUGGUGUCCAGCUCGCAGCCCGCGGAGCCGCCGCCGGGGCCCUCGAGCGAGCCGCAGCCGCUGUACCCGGCCAACCACAUACCGCUGCCGGCGCCGACCGCCGGCGGCGUGAUCCCGAUCGAGACGCUCUCCCAGUCCGACACGGACGACGACUCCUCCGAGGUGAUGGUCGUCGGCUACAUAAAGCCGCCGCAGGUCCGCACGCCCGAGGUGGUCGACCUGCUCGGCUCCGACAGCGACGUGAUCGUGCAGGAAGGCGGCGCGGGGCCGCCGGCCGCCCUCGACGCCGACGCCCCGGCGCCCCUCGUGCGGCUCAGCCUCAAGCGGCACCGCGCGCGCACCGCCACCGACAGCGACGACAGCGCUUACACGCCGCCGCCGUACAACCGGCAGCGGCGGCAGCGCUCCGACGACACCGCCACCACGUCGGACACGCGCCGCACGACGCCGUCGCCCGCGACCGCCUCGAGCUCCACCUCGCCCACGACCUCGGGCUCGGGUAAAACCACCACCACCACCUCCACCACCACCUCCAACACCGCCUCCACCACCGCCUCCACGUCGACGCCCUCGUCGGCCGCGACGCCGAGCAGCAGCUGCAGCGACGCGUCCAGCGCCUCCUACAGCUCCGGCCGGAGGAAGAGGCUGCAGAAGAGGCGGCCGAGGCGCAGGGCCAAAACGCCCGCCACGACGGCCGCGCCCAAGUCGAAGCGGAGGACGCGCAGGCAGUCGGCGCGCGGCCGCAAGCCCAGGAAGCCGCCCGCGCCUCCGGAGGGCGACAAGUCGGAGAAGCGGAAAUCGGUCAGCGGGAAGGGCGUCAAGUCGUCGAAGAAGAGCGCCGAGGCGGCGGUGCAGACGGCCCUCGAGCAGCCGGGCACGAGCGGCACCCCCGGCGGCAGGAAGCCCGAGAGCCGGCCCAGCCGAGAGAGCAGAAGACUGAGGAGUGUCGUGAACGUGAUAAGCGGCCAGAAGACCUCCGCCGAGUCCAUCUCGAGCGGCAACGCGCACCUCGCGAACGACAGCCCCACCGUCAUAAGCACCGUUUCGGCCAAUUCGAGCAAUCGCGGAACGGUGAUCGAGGAGGACAAAGGAAGGAAAACGGUGAUUACGUCUUCGGCUGGGGCUAAGGCUAAAAUGGAUAGCGUUUUGUUAAAACGUGCAUUUUACUCCGUUAACAAGAAGGAUGAAAAUUUAUCUGAUUCAGAGGAUGACCUACCUUUAAAUCUCACGGUUCAAAAGAAGAACCCGUGCCCCUUU